AUGCCUAGAACUCGAGCAAUUGGUUCCAGGAACUCCGGCCAAGCUCCAUUGCCGAACAAUUCAUCCUCCAUACUAGAUGCUCCUCCAAAUCCUCCGAUCAUUCCUCUAGCCUCUGCUAUCACCGGAGACAUUGUUCCUCCUUCGCCCAAUGCGACAACACGACCUGUCCAUGAAGGUAGUUCGAGUCCAUAUUUCUUGAAUUCUAGUGAUAAUCCAGGACUCACCUUAGUCACUCCUCUCCUAUCUGACAAGAACUUCCAAUCAUGGCGUCGCGAUUUCGAACUCUCCGUUGGUGCGCGAAACAAGGCCGUCUUCCUCAAAGGAACUUUACCUCAACCUCCUAUCGAUCAUCCACUGCAUCACCAUUGGUUUCGUUGUAAUCAGAUGGUGAUGUCCUGGAUCCUUCAUUCUGUCUCGCCUGAUACUAAAAGCAGCAUUAUGUUCUUGGAUACAGCUGCUGAGAUGUGGCAGGAGCUCAAUUCACGGUAUGAUCAGGGAAACGGUCCUCGCAUUUUUGAACUCAGAGAAUCGCUCAUCACUCUGCAUCAAGGCGAUGACUCUGUAAGUUCCUACUUUUCCAAACUUAAGUGCAUGUGGGAUGAAAUCCAAGAACUCUGUCCUCAGAUUCCUUGCACAUGUGCUGCUUCCAUUGAUAACCUUGCUUUCUUGAAUCAAGAACAGCUCAAAUUUUGCAUAGAUCCCUUUCCUUCCCUGUCUAAAGUUUUCUCCAUUGUUAUCCAUGAAGAAAGACAGCAAAAACUCAAAACCCCCCAGAUUCCCUCUCUUGUUGCCUCUACUCAAGGUUCUUUUACUAAUCCAGCUAUUGCACAAAAUCCCUCUGCAUCUGCUGCUGAUGCAAAUCAAAAUCACAACAAGCGAAUGAGACCUUACUGUACAAACUGUCACAAACCUGGUCAUUUGAAAGAAAAAUGUUUCUUUCUCAUCGGCUUCCCACCAGGUUAUGGUGACAAGAAAAAAGAAACACAGGCAGUUGCUAAUCAAGCAUCUACUUCUACUGAUCCUAUAUCUUUUUUAGCCAAUCUGACUAAACCAAAAGACAUUUAA